AAGAAACCUCAGACGCCCUCCCCUCCCAAGGGGCCCCUGUGGCAAUGUCCAGAGUCCCCUCUUGUCCCGGGUGUUCCUGAAUAUUCCUUGCGUGGUCCAUCCAAGAGAAGCCCAGGCCACCUUUGUCCCCCUAUCUCGCUGUGCUCCGCUACUCGAACUAUUCAGCGUCGCAGGAUGUAAGAAUAGGUGCCGCAAGAGACUCUGCCUGCCUCCGUUUGCUCCCGGCCCCCCUUUAUUAUCAGACUGCGGCCGUCCAGGAAGAGUCCUUCUUCGCGAUCCACUUGGGUCUCAUCAUGGAAGCCCAACCAAGUCGCAAUAUACCUGGCGCGCGUCCCUCCCCCAACACCCCCUCCGACGUGAGCUGCUCCUCAGGGCCUUGUUCCGCGGUCUCAACUCGUGAAACCUCCCCAGCCUCAUCGACACAUCACCUCCUGGAGGCGUGCCCGGCCCGGGACCCGCUGACAUCGUGCCCGGACGACACGGCUGCCAUCCCAUCGACGGGCCCGGAUCAGCUCAGACCGCUCCAUAAUUCAUGCAGACCGCGCCCCGGUCUGGAUAACACGAUACCUUCCCCUCUAGAGAUGGACCCGGGCUUCUUCCAGCCCGUCAGUGCCGGGCGCCGCAGCAGCAACAGGCUGGCAGCCGAGCGCCCUCGCCCUAGUCACACUUCCUCUGGAGCCACACCUGACGGCAGCAGCCUUGGUCAUUGUCUUUCAGGCCAUCAGUUUCGACAGGCCCUCGCACCAGCCCCUCCUCAGCAUCCGCAGUCGAUUCCGCCUGCUUCCACAAGCAUCCCUCGCGGCCUCCGUACCCCAACCUGGCGCAGCUCAACCGUCAGUCUUGACAGCCUGACCUCGCCGUCCCCGAUCUGCAGCAACCUGACAGACCACCACCCUCCUGCUGUUGUUGUUCCUCCUCCCCCCUCCUGCCCCCCUCGCGAUACCCCUACUACCAGAGACUUCCCCCCCACCGCGAGUAGCCCCCCGUUCCUUCGCCAAGGUGUUUCGAGCUUCGAUCCACGGGGCAACAACGGCCUCCUCCUCGCCCACCACCACGCGUACCACCCCGUCGCAGCAGGCUUCAGCUUCAGUACCACCAGCAGCAAGCAGCAGCCUCCCUCGACGUCCUCGACCCAGUACCACCGCGACAGACACCCCUUCGAGACCCACACCGUCCCCGUCGACAACCUCCCUUUCAAGAUGAAGCCGCAGACUGGCAAGAUCAUCGCCGACUCCGCGUUGGACCGCAACAUGGCGUACUGCUACGACCGCGGCGGCGGCGAGUUCACCCGCUUGGUCCCCGUCGAUAUGCUCCCCGCGGAGCUUGAGAACAUUCCUCGCCGUGUGCCCACCGACGCCGAGAUGAUCGUCCUCCCGAUGCCCCGCCAGCCUGGCGCGGACGGCCAGCCCGCUGACGCCCAGAUGGAGCAGCAGCGAUUUGCGACUCCGACCUCCAGCCCCAUCGGUAACGGCAACGGCAACGGUAACGGCAUGGCUUCGACCGACAUCAUCCAGUCGCAGAUCGAUUCCAUCAUAAACGCCUCCCCUGUCCCCGGAGGUGGCCAACUCGUCCUUGCAACCCGUGGCUUCGACGGAAAGAGCACGCCCACCCGCCGCCAGGGCGGCAGCAGUAGCGCGGGCGGCAGCAGUGGACGUCGUGAGAAGGUGUACUGUGACAAGUGGAUCCACGACGGAACCUGUGCCUUUACCCAGCAGGGCUGCAAAUUCAAGCAUGAGAUGCCACACGACCGCGAGACCCAGGAGAAGCUCGGCCUCUUCCACGGCUAUCCGACGUGGUGGAAGAAGGCGGCCAUGGACCUCCAGCGUCCGCUUGCCAUUGAUGACCGCCCGGUCAGCCUGAAUUCGGGACGUGCCAUGUUCCCCGCGCUCACCGCGAGCACCAGCAUGGGCAGCGGCCUCAGCAACGCCGUGGUGUCGUCGAACUGGCGUACCGGACCUGGCCCCGUCGGCGGCGGAGACGCAGGAGGAGUGAACCGCAGCCCGUCCUCUCCCACCCCCAUGGGCAGCGGCGGCGGCAGCGGCGGCGGUGGCGUGGGACGCAGCAUCGGCUUUGGAGGCGCUGGUCGCGGCGCGGGGCGUCAAGUACGCAUCUUCGCGUCCUUUACGCCACCUACCUAUGGCCCCAUCGGCCCCCCUUCUCGUGCCGGAGGUGCUUCUACCGCCACCGCCUCUUCUUCUGGUCCUGCUUCUGGCUCUGCUUCUGGCUCUGCUUCUGGCCCUGGCCUUGGCUCCUUCGCGGCGGUGGCAGGCCGUGUCCCCACCACCAGGAACACCCGCUCGAUGACCCUGUCCUCCUUGGCUAGCAACAACACCACCACCCACAACCGCAGCGGCGGCGACCGUGGCGGUGGCGGUGGUGGUGCCCCGUACAACGGGACCCAGCGCUCCGCCUUCGAGUCCGGCAACCCCUUCGCCGCGCUCGGCGAGCUCGUCCAGCACUCGUCCCCAGCCACGUCGUCCGCGUCCCACGCCGAGGACCCCGAGGGCUCCUCCAGCGGCGAUAACACCGCCGCCACGGGCGAGCAGCGCGGCGCCCCGCUGUGAGCUUGAGCCUGAGCUGGUCGCUGUCUGCCCUGCUUGGCCCCUGCGCCCCUGCGCCCCCCCUCCUCUGUGCUCUGCUCCCUCCGUCUUGCCACACCGUCGGCCCUGGCUGUCCCGGCUCCUUCCUCGUCGCCUCGCCUUGCCUUGCGUGUCGCCGGCCUGCCUGGUCGGGCUUUCGGCUUCCCCUCGUCGUUCCUCCCGAUGGAUCUUGGCUGGUACCUCGCGCUGCGCUUGCCUCGGCGCGCUCGGCUGUCGGCGGCCCAGCUGCCCCUUCCUACGAGGCCUCGGGGAUCUGGCUGGCCGAGAUGGACUGUUUGUUUGGAUUGGUCUCUACGUUUGGAUGGAUUGGAUUGACGAUGCUGACGACAAACGACCCCGCCGGCCGCCUGGUUUGAUGGUUUGAUGGUUUGAUGGAUCGGUUGGAUGGGUGGUUUUUAUUUCCUUUUCGUUUUCCUUGUGUUGUUGUUGUUGUUUUUUCCCCUCCUAAUCGCUCCUUCCACUUGGUUUCUCCUGCUCGGAACCGAAGGACACGCGAAUCGCAUUUUUUACUCGCCCCAGCCGUGGGAAGGCACGGGUGGAAUCCGCGGCGUUGAGUUUUGCGCUGCUUUUUCGGGCUCUCGAUCCAAGGGAAACAACUCGGGGGCCCGGUUCCUUCCCCCAUUACUUGGAUGCGGCAUUUAGCUUAGCAUCACUGUGUAUACUAGAAAAGAAAAACGGCGAAUUCGUCCACGCGAGGGGAGACUGCAUUGGUGGGGCGUCCACCAGAAACACCAAGGGCCCAUCAUCACCAGGUUUUCAGGCAUGCGGUGUUUUGGU